AUGGAUAAGUUACGUGGAGUGCUAGAUUUCUGCAUCCGCCACCAGACUGUUCUAGGUUACAGCCUUGUGUCCCUGCUGACAGCUGCCAGCGAGCAGAUCUUCUCCUCUGCGGUGUUCAAGUGUCCCUGCAACUCUGGUAACGUGCUGUAUGGCUCCGUGUUCAUCCUAGUGCCUGCCUUAAUCCUCUUUCUGCUUGGCUACAUGGUGAACGCCAGGACAUGGCGCCUGCUGACUGGCAGCUGCCCUUCAGCGAAGGACUGCAGCUCCAGCCUCCAGGGCACCUGCAUGCGCUGCUGCUGUGUGCUAGGGCCGGUGACAGCCAGGGCUCUGGUGGCCCCUUGCACCUGGAUCGCGGUGGCCCUGCUCAGCGCCAGCUUCUACGAGUGUGCGGCCAGCGGGAACAGCCUGGUACAGAGAUUCAUGUGUGAAGGUAAAGAACCAGACUGCAAAAAUCUGCUGGUCAAAGUACCCUGUGACAAGACAUUAUUGAAGGACCUAACAGAUGAACACCUCAGCCUCCAGGCACAGUCCCAGCUCAUAGGGUGGUUCCUGAUAGCCAGCAUCACGACUGUGGUACUGAUUGCAAAAUGUUGCACCCGCUGUUGCUCCCCGGUUAGCUAUCUGCAGCUCAAGUUCUGGAAAAUUUACACAAAAAAGGAACUGGAGGUCUUUGACAUCAAGGCUAAAGAGCAUGCAGCUAAGCUAGCAGAAAUGAAUAUGAAGUGUUUUUUUGAAGCCACAGAGCCAGCACCAUUUCAGACUCCCAGCAAUGAAGACUGGCAGAAGAUUUCAUUCUUGUACACGUUCAAUCCACAAGAGCAGUAUUACAGCAUGAUACACAAGUACGUUAACACAAACAGAGGCAAGAACAUCCAGUUUGAGCAAGGAGAUCUGAUUCCGCCUGUUUUAGCAUUUGUGGAUGAAGCAAACACAAGUUAA